UUGUUUAAAUUUAUAAGAAAUAUGUUUGUCUAUUAUCAGUUUUAAUUUUAGACGGCACUCCCAUAUCAGCAAAAGUUUCCAAUAGAUGUUGUAUAACAUGAGCAGUGCGUUCUCCCAGCAAUGGCUUAACCCAUACAAUUUUGGAAAAGUAUCUAUGCUUACAUAUGGAAAUCGACCAAACUCAGAAAUAUGAGUUACAUCCAUCUACCACAAUUUAUUAGGUUGUAUUCCUCUGGGAUUAGUGUCAGAUGGAAUACAUUUUAUAUGCAAAGGCUUACAAAUAGGGCAAUUAGCAAUAAUUUGUUUGGCUUGAGAAGAGGGAAUCUUAUAUUUAAUAUAUAAAUAUCCUGCAUUGACAUGAUUAUGGCCAUAUUCUUCUUCUGGGGUAGCAAAUUCCACUAACGAAUCUACCAUAUGAUUGCCAAAAGUUAAAGUUCCUGGCAAUUUUGAAUGUGAUCUAAAAUGUGUAAUAAAUAUUCUAGAGUUUCAUACUAACAAUAGUCCUUUAAUAUGACAAAAUAACAUUUAAUACAGGCUUAGAUGUAGAAAUAACAGCAGUCUCAAUAUUCUGUACUAUUCCUACAAGACAAGCUGAAUCAGCUAUAAUAUUUACAUAAUGAUUAAAAUUGUGUAUUACAUUAAUUACUGUUAAUAAUUCAUUUUGCUCUCCUGACCCAAAAGAAUAUUGCUGUACGCAAAAUUUAUCUUUGGUUCAAUAAACCCUCUUGGACUUAGAGCCAUCAGUAAACACAGUAACAGUGGGUGGUAAUGGAUCAAUAGAAUUAGUGUAUUUAUCACAAAUUUCUGCUUUCUAUAGCAAUCCCACAGUUUCCUGUGAGGAAAAUGAAAUUCAGUAUUUCCAGUGUAAGAAAUCAUGGCUAACUGAAAAACUUCAGACAUCUGUAUUAAAUAUUCCACUUUAUCUUUACCUAAUGGGAAAACGAUAGUACCACAAUCAUAUACUGACAGUAUAACAGUUCUUUGUCUGCCUUGUUGAAUAAUUAAAGAAAUUGUCCCUCAUAAGUUGUUAAUGUUUUACUAAAUUUAUGUUUAGUAUAUAUCCAUUCUAAAGGCAAUACAACUUGAGCUAAAAUUCCUGUAGAAUAUUUAAAGGCAUUUAAAAUAUUUAAUUUAAUAACUCUAUCUGGAUCAAUAUGUGCCAAAAAUGCAUCUUUCCAUUUUCAGAAAUGAUAUUCUUGCAUGCCUUCAUAAAAGCAUUAAUAUCUCCAGUCUCCUUUAUAGGUAUUAAUGCUCUCUUAUAGUCUUCAUUAGCAUUCUCAAAAGUAAGCUAGUAACUACUAGCUUGCAUUCCUUAAUUAUCCAUAGCAGUGUACAAUAGUAGCUUUUAUAGAAUUAGAACUUCACACCACAUCAUUAAUAAGUUGCAUAUGCAUAUACCUUAAACAACAUUUGAAUCAUUUAUGCAAGUACAAUUUUAAAUUCUAUCAUAAUACAAAAUCCAUGCCAUCCUAAAAUAUUUGAGACCUGGUGUUGUUUCUAGUCUGAAAAGAGAUGAAAUAAUCCAUGCUCUUUGUCAUUUCAGCCCCUUUCCCCUGCUUUCCCCCAACACUGGAUAGCAGAGAAAAGGGAUUGAGGAGAGAAAGAGAAAGGAAGAAAGGCAUCCCUGACUCUAAUCUUCACUCUUUCCUCACUGAGCAAGGCCAGGACUCAGCCAGCCCCAUCAGGAACACACACACGGGUCAGGUGAGAGGCAGCUUUGUCCAUGUGAAGGACACUAAAUCUGGUAUCCAUACCUUCCUGGGAAUUCCCUUUGCCAAGCCUCCUGUAGGACCGCUGCGCUUUGCACCUCCUGAGGACCCUGAGCCAUGGAGUGGUGUGAGAGAUGCGACCUCACAGCCGGCCAUGUGUUUGCAGACUGCUAUGAUGAAUUUAGAGGGUAUGAAGGAGACAGAAUUGACCAAGCUUCCUAUGUCUGAGGACUGCCUGUAUCUCAACAUCUAUGUACCAGCUCAUGCCCAUGAGGACUCCAACCUGCCUGUGAUGGUAUGGAUCCACGGUGGUGGGCUGGUUGGAGGAUCAGCUUCCAUGAAUGAUGCGUCCACACUGGCAGCUACUGAGGAAAUAGUAAUUGUAUCCAUCCAGUAUCGUUUGGGUGUCCUUGGCUUCUUCAGCACUGGAGACCAGCAUGCCAGAGGCAACUGGGGAUACCUGGACCAAAUGGCCGCCCUACGCUGGGUCCAGCAAAAUAUUGCUUAUUUUGGGGGAAACCGUGACAGCGUCACUAUAUUUGGAGUCUCAGCAGGAGGCACAAGUGUGUCUUCCCAUGUUGUGUCCCCCAUGUCCAAAGGACUCUUUCAUAGAGCCAUUAUGCAGAGUGGAGUGGCCCUGCUGCCUGGCCUCAUCUCUGACACUUCUGAGGUGGUCUACAAGACAGUAGCCAACCUAUCUGGAUGUGAGGCCUCAGACUCAGAAGCCCUGAUACGCUGCCUGCGAGCAAAGAGUAAACAAGAGAUCCUGGCUAUUAACCAGGUCUUCAAGAUGAUUCCUGGUGUGGUGGAUGGAAAGUUCCUACCCAAACAUCCUCAGGAGCUGUUGGCCUCUAAGGAUUUUCACCCUGUCCCCAGUAUCAUUGGUGUCAACACAGAUGAAUGUGGCUGGGGAGUCCCCACGAUCCUGGGCCUUUAUCAUAUCAUAAACAACAUAACCAGAGAGACCCUGCCAGCUGCUCUAAAGAUCGCAGCAGCACAGAUGAUGCUGCCUCCUGAGUGUAUUGACCUGAUAAUGGAAGAGUACAUGGGGGAUACUGAGGAUGCAGAGACACUCCAAGCACAGUUCAAAGAGAUGCUGGGGGACUUCAUAUUUGUGAUCCCUGCUCUGCAAGUAGCACAUUUCCAACGUUCCCAAGCUCCUGUCUACUUCUAUGAGUUCCAGCAUCUGCUCAGCUUCAUCAAGCAAGUCAGGCCAUUCUAUCCGAAGGCAGACCAUGGUGAUGACACUGUCUUUGUCUUUGGCUCCUAUUUCUGGGGCAUGACCUUUGACCUCACUGAGGAGGAGGAGCUGCUGAAGAGGAGGGUGAUGAAGUACUGGGCCAACUUUGCAAGAACUGGGAACCCCAAUGGUGAAGAUCUACCCCACUGGCCUGUGUUGGACCAUGAUGAGCAGUAUUUGCAGUUGAACUCCCAGCCUGCUGUGGGCCGAGCCCUAAAGGCCAGAAGGCUGCAGUUCUGGACCAAGACUCUGCCCCAGAAGAUCCAGGAGCUAAAGGGUUCUCAGAGCAAGCAUGCAGAGCUGUAGCAUCCUGGGCCAGGAGUGUGAGGUUGAAAGCAAAUGGGGUAAUUCUGAGGUUACAAACUCCAUUAUCUACAUUUAUUCAUUCCAAUAAGUACAUAAGCAUUUCUCACCUCAGCAUUUACUCUUUCAGACAUGUAUGAAAAACAGUCUGUGUUAUCAUUCUGGGCAAACAUUCAUUAGAGUCAAUAAAAGCUCUCAUAACAAUGUGGAUGUGUGUGCCCAAAAUUACCUCCAUUUUCUUUAACCCUUCACUGAGACUAAGCUCCUCUUUCCUUCCUUCCUUCCUCCCUUUCUUUUUCUAUUCCUUCCUUCCUUACUUUCUUUCUUCCCCAUCUUCACUCUCCUCCAAGUCCCAGACCCUGUUCAAAUGAACCAGAUGCUUCGAGGACUGUUGACUAAGAGACUGACUGAAUCAAAUCCUGUGUCCUCUCUUGACAACUUCAUGUUUUCUCAUAUUUAUAAUUACCAAUAGAAAAUCUGCUUUCCCUAA